GAUUUUUAAUACAAAAUGGCCGCCUAAGCAACGAAAUUAUGGCGUCUACGGCAACAGAAAUUACCGUGAAAGCAGUCGAAAACAUUGAUCGGGAUGCUGAAAAGAAAGAUUCAGUGCUGCAUAGACCUCCAUCAGGUAAACCGGUGCAAGAGAAAUGCCAGUGUAAGCACACAGCACCAUCACCCUUGACCCUCUCAGGCUGCCUCGGCACAGCACAGCUCCUCUUUGAACCGACCCCACCAGUCCACAAGAAACCCCCACGAGCUAUGAGUCCUCACGUCAGGAAGAUCCAAAGUGCCAAGGCUCGUCUUAUCCCUUCGUCUUCAUCCAGUAAUGUAAAAGACAAUACCAUCCUUCCUAGGGGCGGGGUCAGGGAUCGUCAGAGGCCAAGCUCUGCCAAUGUACCCCAACGAGAGGCAGGGAACCGACACCGGCCUGGGUCAGCCAUCGGGAACAGACCAGUUCCCAAACAGUUCCUCACUUUUGAAACCAAAGAACAAAAAUCUAGACCAGAGUCUGCUGAAAAAUGUGGUACUGGAAAUUCACCCAAGGAUGUUGGAUUGUACAAGAUGGCUGCAUUUGAUGUCAAGGAUGCAGAAAUCAAAAGAUGGAAGGAAAGGAAGAAAGACCAGCAAGAGAUUGUGGACCGAUCAAUCCCAGAAGACAUUGCCCAACUCAGGCCUUGGCUGACGGAAGACGUUCCCAUGGAUUGGUGUGGAGUAGACUCAUCUUCAUGCCUGAUCUUUCUACCGUCCCUCCUUCAUCAAGUAGAUGACUUACCCGUGGUGCCGCCAGUCCAACGAGCAGAUGAUGUCAUGCCUCAUACUGUCAUUCCCCCUCCUCCAAAACCCUUUGAUCCAAAGAAACUAUUUCAUUAUGACGUGGAGAAGCACAUUCCACCGGAACCGACAUACGAGUCCAGAAACCAGACACAAGCAAGGCGGGGCAUCUAUGCUGCUGAUGGUAGCUUACUGCAUGAUGAAGAGAGGUAUUCAGUCAACAGAACACAAGAGAUCAUCAGGAAGGAAAUUGAAGAUCUGGAAAAUCUCUUACAAGGAAUUGGCAAUGCAGACAGCAGUAACGUCAUGGUGCAGUAUCAAGCAGACAUCAGUAAGCUGCAGUGGUCCGUCAAAGACACUCUGGUCAAAUGCUACCAAAUUGAGAGCCAUUUUCAAAAGGACAAGCCUGAAGAACCAUCAGACUUGCUCGGUCUUCGUGCUUAUAUCAAAGAGAAGGAGGAAAUACUCAAGCAAAUCAAAGCAAGAAGGGAAGCUUGCCUGCUGGAAUUAGAACGGCUGGAAUCAGAGGUUGGUAUGACUAUGCAGAGUCAAGUACUUCAAGUAUUCAAGAGAUUAUAGAGUCCAAUCGAGGGCAGACAGACAGUCUUUGAUGCAGUCAAAAGAAGCUUGCCUGCUGGAAUUGAAACGGCUGGAAUUAGAGGUUGGAAUGACCAUGCAGAGCCAAAUACAUGUACUUCAAAAAUUCAAGAGAUUAUAGUUUGUUUAUACAUGAAAGAAUAAGAAACAAUCUCUGAUGAAAUCAUGAGGAAAUUCACCUGCUGGAAAUAGAAUAGCCUAGAAUCAGAAGUUGGCUUCGACAAUACAAAGCAAUGUACUUUACGGUCCAAGUGGCUAAAAUUCUUUCAGUCGUUUAUAUAAUAGCAUGAGAAAUACCUGAUGUUUUCAAGUCCAAUCUAGUUCAUUGAAGGUCUUGGAUUGAGCCCGCCAGAAGCAUGUAAAUUGCAGGGCAGGAAGGUCAAAGUCACAACAGCUACCAAUAAACAUGUUCAUGUGUUGUCAGAAAUGGAGUUUGUGAUAUGUCUUGAUGUCCCUCGGGAGCAUAUGACAAGGAACGAAAAUGUUUUCAACCUAAACAAUAGAAGGCAACCAAGGGCAAACUUCAAGGUUACAUUAGGUCAAACCAACGUGGAUGUGAUCAUUUUUGUGCAUUGUAAAUUGUUUUUGGAGAAAAAAAAGUUAAUUUAUUUGUAAAGAUUGUUCUUAAUUUGUUUGUACAAAUAGAAAAUCUUUUUUAUGAGGAACAAUAUCUACUACAUGUAGUACAAUUAUGUAAAAAAAGAAGAGGGAGUCACAAAUUUCUUUUUUAAAAAGCCAACUCAUUUUAAACUGUCAGUAAAACUAAAUGAAUUUUUUAAGUCAGAAUAUAUGUGGAUAUAAAAACGGUUGCUUUAUUUUGUGUACAUUCAUAAAUGUUAACUUAUAAAUAAUGAAACUGUUAUGUACAGACAAAAUGUAUGUUUCAUAAGAAAUUAAUAACAAGGUUUACAAAUUUAAGCAGAAAGCCUCAGCAUUUGUUCAUUGUUACAGCACUUUGAAAUAAGCUAGCUGGCUAGUCGUUUGUUCAUAUUUGUUCUUAUAACAUUAAUCUAAUAUGCAGCAGUGUAUAUGGAGAUACAUGCAGGGUCAAAUUUUACAGAUAAAUAUCAAUCAGUAUUUACAAUAUAAACAAAACUGAUGACAAACUUAUUAAUUUACAGAACUGAAAUAAAAUGCAUGAAAGUGAUAAAAAUGAAGAAAAUCUAUGGAAUACUGUUCAACGACUUCUUUCAGAAUUAAAAAGAGCAACAACUGAAUUUUGUGCCUUUUUAAAAUGAGAAAUUAUUUUUGAGAAAGCUAUAUUGUUUUGAAAAUGGUCUAAUAAUUUGUUUGUAUUUUAUGUUGUAUUCUGAACCAAUUUUUACAAUAAAGUAAUGAACAAUAAUUUCAACAUUAAUAGCUUGAAGGCUAAGGUCAUUAAUACGUCAUCCUCGCUAGCUAGGGUAGUUGUGCUCUUGUAGGUCGUAAGAUGGUAGCUUUGCAAUCCAAAUCCACGUAAUCAUUUACUCUCACUCAAUAUUCUUGAUUCAUGAUCUGCGUGGUCAUUUUUUUCUGGAGCUUGUUAGCCAAUAGGAAAGCAGGUAACAUGUAGCCAUUUAAUAUAAUUUUUAAGGCAACAAAAAAAGGACGACCAUUGUGUACGUAUGAGAACCAAAUGUCAAGCAUUUUUGUUUGAACGGCCUACAAUAUCACCAGAGAACUACUGUUCAAAGCCUCUUGAAUGGUGGAGAUGUUUUUGACUGGUGGGGGCCAGAGCUUGUGCCACAUGGCCCAGCCAGUGGCAACCAAA